GAUUGCAUGCGAAAAAGCAAUGAAUCGAGAAGCAGAAACGGCGUCUUGAUCUCUCUUCUAAAAGCUCUAGUUAUUCUUGCUUAAACUUUUGCUUAUCCUCUCAGCCCACUUUCCUCUCUGCAUUGCUUUCAGAAUUCCACCACUUGCCGAAGCUUUUGCAGAUUGCAGGCAGUUAGCUGCAGAAGCAAUAAUGGACGACUAGUACCAUUACUACGACCCGACCAGAGAAGAAGAAUCUCCUUUCUCUCUCUUUCUUAUUCUCUUCUCCUUUAAAUAACACCUUUAGCUAGUUGCAGGCUUGAGCAGCUUCCCUUUCGUUUAAUUACUUGUUCGCCGUUUGAUGGGAAGAUGAUGAACGGGUUGGGUUCUUCGGAUGCCUCCUUCUCCCCUGCUUCCAUGGCGGCGUCUUUCUCUGAGCUCGGAGGCGGUGGAGGUAGUCAACAAGAGCAGCUUUGGGACUCCGACUCCGCCGCCGGCCUCCAAAGCCACUUAUUCGGUCAUCAAGAUCCAACCAUGGAGGACAUGAGCACCAGCCUCCGCUUCUUCCCGCCGGCAGGGUAUCGACAUUAUUCUCCCCUGGGACUUGUCCUGAAGGGGGAAGACAACAUCGCGGCCGCCGCCGGCCAAAUUGGUCUCAAUUUGGGCCGACGGACCUACUUCUCCUCCUCCUCCUCCUCCGGCGACGAUGCUCGCCGCUUCUUUCUGUGCCCGAAAGGAGGCGGCGGCGGCGUGUGGUCGCCCGGCCACCAGCCGUCUCGUUGCCAGUGCCAAGCCGAGGGGUGCAAGUCCGACCUGUCCGGCGCCAAGCACUACCACCGCCGCCACAAGGUCUGCGACUUCCACUCCAAGGCCACCGUCGUCAUCGCCCACGGACUGCGGCAGCGCUUCUGUCAGCAAUGCAGCAGGUUUCACGUGCUUGAAGAGUUCGACGAGGCCAAGCGGAGCUGCAGGAAGCGUUUGGCCGACCACAAUCGCCGGAGGAGGAAGCCUAAGACGAAACACGACGCAGAUUGCUCAACCUCCAUGAUUACUCCAAGCAAGCGAUUAAAAAUUCAAUUUUUUUGUUUUAAAAAAAAAUAAUUCCUUUUAUCCACUCGAUCAAUCUAUGCUCAUGCUAUUGGCUUCGUCAGCAGGAACGAGUGGAAUGGCUGGACAGGGAGAUCGCCUGCAGGAUGAAGUAGCGGUCUCACAGCGGCGGCGGCAGCAGCAGUGUUUCUCCUCUGUUGCAGAUCAAUGCAAGAGCCUCUUCCUGCACCGUCAGAACACCUGGAGCUCUGCGCCUCCCAAUGAGGUUUCCAUGUCCAUGGGAGGAGGACCCUUAAGCUAUCUCCACCUCGACCAAUCCAUGUUUGAGUUGGAUUUCAUUUGAUGUUGUCGCAUAUAGAUUAGCUGUGUUUCUGAUUAUCUCCUGCCUCGAUAACUCCCGUCCUAAAAAGGAAUUAUUUCACCUUUUGUUACCAGAGUUAUUAUGUAAUGUAGUAGAUUAAACUAUA